AUGCGCAGUACCAUCCAGGAUCACAUAAAGAACAAUAGCGGCUCUGUUGUACCGCUGGAAAAGGAUGCCGAUUAUCUCGUGGCAGACCAUGCUCGCAAGGACGCACCCAGCGGCUCCAUAUCCUGGAAGUUCAUCACCGAGUCUGUCGAAAAUGGGGUUGUACAGCUCCCUGAUCGCUACAAAAUUGCACAUGCGCCAGCUACGCCACGGCAUGUUGCCUCAGGGAGACCAGUCAAACAUUCAAGGGCCACCUUCACGGAAGAGGAGGAUGCCGUGCUUGCGAGCUGGGUCCUGGCCCACGACUCUAAUCAGACAGGUAAUGAGAUAUACAAGCAGCUUGAAACCAUGCACCCUAGACAUACUUGGCAGUCGUGGAGAAAUAGAUACGUCAAGAAGCUCAUACAGUUACCUCAUGCGUCUCUCCUGAAACUGGCUUCCAAAGCAGCGGACGGGCCGUCGUCCACGGCUGUCGACGGAGGGCUCCCAGACCAAGAGCUUCCGGAUCCAACAGAGCUCAUGCUUCAGCGCAAGGGGCAAAGAGUCCAGCAGGAAACAGCUCUACAAAGGACAAAAAGUCGAGCCAUACAACCAUCAGCCACCACGGCUCAAGCUUCAGCGCCACCGCCACCGCCGACACUACAGCAACCUCGAGCUGCUGAAGAAGAUGAUGCAAGCAUGUCAGAAGCCAAGAAGCAAUUCUACGAAGAUUUGCAAAUGUUCUGCGAGGAUUGCGACAUCGAGUUUGCUCCUACGCAACAAGUUGCCGGGCUGCCUGUGGACCUCUGGGAGCUUUCCAAAGCUGUCAGCGAUCAACGGCUACCUGCCGAGGAAAUCGACUGGCCUCGCGUCGCCGAGGAGCUUGGAUAUGAGUGGACCGGCAUGGAGGCUGCGGUUCGGGCCCUCCAGCGGUGCUACGAAAAGAACCUCGCCGAGUUCCUCGACCUCAUGGAAGACGCUUUCGGGGGUGGCGACAACGCAGAAGACCCGGAGUCGGCAGCAGUUGCCUCCCAAGAAGUAUCAGCGCACAACAUGCCAGCUUCGCCAAGAGAACAGCUACCUUCGUCACCGCCUGCUCGCUUCUUGCCGGCGAAACGGCCCAUCGACGCCGACGGCGAACUCGAGAUUCCUACCCCAGUCAAGCGACGCCGUCUUUAUAUACCCCCCGAGAUCCCCUCGACACCCGAAGCAGGCCGUCGCCGGUCCACGCCCAACACUAGCAAGCGACACGCAGAGACCACGACUCCUGUCCAAUUCGAGACGCAGAUUCCCAAUCUACACACACACGAAUCAUCCUUUGACAUGACGCCGUCCCAGCAGCUACAAUCCGAGUACAUCAACAGCAGCCCCAUCCCGCUACGCCUAAACAGUGCGGUGCAGAACCGCCACAUCGGCGCUGCCCCAAAGCACAACAGCACCAGCGCCAAGCGGCGUGUCCUCCCCAAAGACUUCAAGCCUCGCGCGCCGCCCGCCGAGGAAAGAGAAGGCGGCCGGGGGUCGGUCCGUGUCUUAGACGACAAGUCCAACGCGUCGUUCCCCGGGGCCUUACCCAGCGCGCGGCGUCCGCCGCCACCCAUCGGUCCUCCCGCGCAAGCCGCCCCGCGCCGUCUGAGCAAGAAGCAAGAGCUCAGCGAUCUCAUCCAGCACUACGAGUCGCUGGGGUACGCGCACAAGACGGUCAUUGAAGGCUUGCAGCGCACGACCAUGGCGCCGGGGCUCGCCACCGUCGUGAUGCAGAGCCUGCAGGAAGGGAAAGGCGUGCCGGCGCAUCACGAGGGUAUCUGGACGGCCCGCGACGACACCGGUCUGCGGCUGGUGGCGGACGUCGAGGAUUGGGAGACUACGGAUGGGUUGGAUAAGGAGAAGACGAAGAAGAUACGCAAGGCGCAUCGCGCUAGAGAUCGGCUGCGAAAUAAACAUGGCGAGGAGCGCAUGGCACUACGGCUCAAGUAUCUGCGAGCGAAUGACAGCUUGGCUGCUGCCGCGAACGAGUAG